UCUUAUUACGGACUUCAAUAUUAUCGCAACGCUGUAAUGAGUCGGACAUUAUUCUCUGAAGUUUUCUGUUGUGUUGUUACAAAUUUUAUUUUGAAUUUACGUGUGCACUUUUCUUCGUUAACCCUGCGAAAUGCCUUGGCCCGUGCCCAACCGACCCCGACGGUCUUCGGAGAGCGACUAUUGCUCGGCUAGUGACGGUUCUCUGUCGCCUGAACACAUUCAAGAGAGAGACCCAGUACCGCAGCCUGUACAGGAGCUCCAGGAGCCAGCCAGCGCCGACGAGAAUGGAGAAUUGGCGUUCUGUGCGGCUGUGGGGCGGCCGGACAAGGAGACCGUCCCUGGCCUCUUCGUGCCCAACGAGAUGAUGACACGGGUUUCUAACAGCGACACGCACGUGUUGGUCAGGGGGACCAUCGAAUCACUGCUCGAGCCCCUUCGCUGCCCGUUCGGGCUGAAAGAGGGCGCCGUGGAGGCCUGUGUCAGAUUCCGCGCGGGCAUGCCUGUGGGGCUGAAGGCGCACUUGGAGGGCGUCCACGGCCUGCGCAAUGUGCAGUUGAACCUGGCAUGUCCCUGCCCGGCCGCCUUCAACUCAGGCGCUGACUGCGAUUACGUGCAGUUCGACCCGGUCGGCUACUUUAUGAGCACCCACGUCCGUGAACAGCAUCCAAAGUACAAGGAGGACAUGACGAAGGCGCAGUACAAACAGUUGAAUAAGAAAACCGGCGAGAAAUACCGGGAAUUCAUCCGCACGGCCAGGUGCAAGACGUUCCCAGAGUGGACCUGCGAUUCAACGCGUUUGUGGCCGAGUCAGAUCAUGGCCGACAGGAUCGUCAUCCCCACUCGGAUGGUGGGUGGUCAAGUGAAGUACGUCUGCAAGAUCGACGCGUGUGCCCUGGUAAGCAGUGAAGAAGGCCGGGGCCGGCUGCUGGAUUCCUCCGGCCGAUUGCAUGCGCACUUGAUGAUGCAGCACGGGCGGCGUUGCGCGAACCCCACGCAAAUCUAUCACGCCUGCGCCGACCCGGAGUGCAGGGAGCAGCUGUUCGAUGCUGACCACAUGAUGGAUCGCCACAUCAAGGCCAUGCAUCCGCAGCUGUUCAACGGCGGCCAGCCCGUGGUGUACUCGGAGACCGCCAAACAGGCGCGAGCCCGACUGGAAGCUCUCGUGACGGAGGAGUGCAUCGGGGAGACCCUCAGCAGCGGCGUCGACUCGGAAGAGACCGCGGAUACGUUUCUCUUCAGCUACGACUGUCCCGUCGAGGGCUGCGAGGUGAAUUAUGACGAGCGCGACUACAUGCUGUGGCACAUCGGCGCCGAUCACCAGGAUGAAUGGAAUGCCGACGCUCGUCAGCAGGACGAUCCGUUGGGCGUGUGUAAUUGCAGUCUGCUCCACUAGUUCUAUCGGUGUCAUGUUGCCGGUUAUGAUGUUCCUCUAGUAGUACUAAAUCUCCUGCAGCGGCGGCGCCACUUUCUUUGGUGUCCGCCUGACGAUGCUCAGUUUCUCGCUCACAUACCGACACUGUUCUCUGUUGACUGCCUUUUCCUUUGGCUGGAUAUUUUGCAUAUUACUAUUUUCAGCAUUUUGCUUUUUUGGCGGUUUAUUGCUUGCCAUUCGAUAUUAUCCGACUGCUUGUUUCUUGCUACAACUCGAAGUAAAGCCAAGUUAGCCGA